CAGGUGGUGGGUUAAGGUCCUGCCCUUACGUUGCACCAUUUGCUUUUGACCACAACAUCACAUCUGCUGUCUGUCAUUAAAGAUGGGGGAGAGGUUGCAAAGUCAAAAAAGCUAUGUUUGCUCAUUUUUCGAUUGUAAAGCUAUAUUCAGUAAGUCAUGGAAGCUAGAGGCUCAUCUUUGCAAACACACUGGAUUGAAACCGUUCUCCUGCGAGAACUGCGACAAGAGCUUUUGCACCCGCUAUCAGCUCACCAGACAUGAGCUCAGUCACAGUGGGGAGAAACCGCACAAGUGUCUGGUCGAUGGAUGCUCCGAGGCCUUCAUCACCAACGCCAGCAUGAGGAACCACAUGGCCCGCGUGCAUCACCACCAGGAGAAGCUAUAUCAAUGUGACCAUCAGGGCUGUGGAAAGCCUUUCAGGAAGAGGAACCAACUCAAAGCCCAUCAGCACGACAAACACCAGCUCCCGUCUUUUCAAUGUUCAGUUGGCAACUGUUUGAAGGCAUUUCCUUCACGGAGGAAGCUGAAACAUCAUGAGAAGGUUCAUAAAGGAUACACUUGUGGGGCUAAUGCAUGUCCUUUCCUGGGAAAGACAUGGACAGAAUAUCUGAAGCACAGAAAAGAACAUAAAGAGAAGCUGCCAUGUGAACAGUGCAGAAAGCGGUUCAGCAACUCCUGGUUCCUGCACCUGCACAAGCUGCAUGUCCACUCUGGGGAGAGGAGGAUGUUUUCGUGCCCCAAGGACGGCUGCGAGAAGAAGUUCACGCGCCGUUUCAAUUUGGACAGCCACGUCCUGGGAGACCACGAGGGCAAGAAGCCCUUCAGGUGCGCCCACGCCGGCUGUGGGAGGAGCUUCGCCAUGAAGGAGAGCCUGUGGCGUCACGGCGUGGUGCAUGACCCCGCCAGGAAGAAACUGACGAAGCUGCACCCUAAAAAGCAGCAGCCACAGCGACGGGCCCGGCAGGUCUCGGCGGUGGCCGUUCAGGUCGACACCAGCCGGCUUGCUGCAAAGCUGGAGAAAACAACUCUAAAUUAGAACGAUUGAGGCUGCGUUACGUCUAAAUCCACUUAAGUGUUCGUUAAUGGUGAACAAUGCAUAUUUCAGUUGUCAUUUCUUUAUGUAAAUUUAAAAUAAAGCCUCUAUAACCGCACCAUC